CUAUGGAGAUUCGUAUCGUUUUGGAUGACGACGGUCCCGGCCCGGCCUCCAACGGCGAUGCGGCGGUGGUUACCAGUCUGAAGACCAAGCCCGAGGACGGCGAAGGCAGCGGCAAGGAGGAUCCGGAGCAGACCAAGCUCCGAGCGGGGCUUAAUUUGUCAGUCAAGUUCCCUCAGUUCUUUACUGUAUCAUGUUACACUCUUUCUCAGCCCUCAAGCUUCUUUGUAAAAGCUUUAAUCUUUUGCACCAUAAGCUGUCUAGUGGGUCUCCAAGUCUCUUGCAACUUUAUGUGGUGUUCUACUACUACUCGUCUACUCUGUUGCUCUGUGCCUCUUCUGCUGUCUUUGCCUCAAACUUUCUAUAGGACUUAUAUCCCAGUGAAGAAUAUGUAGGCAGGCUAAACAAUAUUCCAACAAUCUGAGCCACUUCUUAUUCAAAACGAAUACAAAUUGUAAUCUUCUCAUCAGUUGUCAGGAUUUUCAAUUUAUCUAAAUUCAGGUCAGUAAUUCAAACUUGAAUGUCCCUGUUGUGAGACCUCAUUCUGUAAAUUCUAUAUAUUUGUGCUGCCUUCACACAAACUGUUAAUUUUUAGGUAAUACAAUACCUCUUUCGUGAUUAAAUAUAAAAAUAUAGUUGGAUUUACAAUUUUAUGCUUUAAGAGUCUUUUUAUUUUAUUUCUUUCCUGUGGGACUUGGGGUAUUGGAUGAGUGAAAAUAUUCACAACAGCCUCAGGUAGUACAGCUGUAGUCUUCAAAAUUUGACUUCAAUGACAUGAAAACUCAAGAUUUAUGUUUGCACUGAUGAUUGAUACUUUGAUAGUCUC